AUGCCAAGCUUAGAACCUCGACAGAAGCUGCGGAUCUCUAUAGAUCGCGGAGGUACGUUCACCGACUGCAUUUGCAAAGUCCUCGGUCAAGAAGACAUUGUGGUGAAGAUCCUAUCCGUUGAUCCCAAGAACUACGACGAUGCCCCUACGGAAGCCAUCCGUCGCGUGUUGGAGAUAUACUAUGGAAGGAGCAUUCCGCGGGGAACAGGGUUGGAUACAAAGGAUAUCGAGUCAAUACGUAUGGGAACAACUGUUGCGACAAAUGCACUGCUAGAGAGAAAGGGCGAGCGCACUGCCCUUCUCAUCACAGAAGGUUUCAAAGAUCUGCUGGAAAUCGGCAAUCAAUCGCGACCUUUCAUGUUUGAUCUCUCAAUUCGAAGACCCGAGACACUGUAUUCCGAUGUUUUCGAGGUGGACGAGCGCGUGACCCUGCGUAACUGCACCGACACCGAUCUGCGAAGCAUGGAUCUCUCGUCGCCUCCUGUACUACGAGAAUUGACGGGUACAUCCGGAGAAACUGUUCAGAUUAUCAAGACCUUGGACCUUGAACCUGUGGAGGUAUACCUGAGAAAAAUAUACACAGACGGAUACCGAUCCAUCGCCGUAUGUCUGAUGCACGCCUACACAUUUCCCGAUCACGAGCUGCAGAUCCGAGAGCUGGCACAACAGAUCGGGUUCGAGAACGUCUCACUUUCGCAUGCUGUAUCCCAACGCACUAAGAUUGUUCCUCGAGGGAACUCGGCCGUUAUCGAUGGAUAUCUUACACCUACAAUCGAACGAUAUCUGAAGCAGUUUUUGACCAGUUUCCCAAAUAUUUCCAAGUCGGAUACUAAGCUGGAAUUCAUGCAAUCUGAUGGUGGACUGGUUCCUGCACACAGACUUUCAGGACUGCAUUCAAUACUGUCUGGCCCCGCUGGUGGAGUAGUAGGGUAUGCUCGUACCUGCUACGACGAAGUCAGCAAAGCCCCGUUGAUUGGAUUUGAUAUGGGAGGAACAAGCACAGAUGUUAGUCGCUAUGACGGGACGUUGGAUCAUAUUUUUGAGACCACCACGGCGGGGAUCUCGAUGCAGACCCCACAGCUCAAUAUAAACACGAUCGCUGCUGGUGGAGGGAGCAUCCUGUUCUGGCGCGACGGCUUGAUGUCUGUUGGACCGGAAAGCGCGUCUUCGGAUCCAGGUCCUGCGUGCUAUCGCAAAGGGGGCCCAUUGACCAUUACAGACGCCAAUCUGGCCUUAGGUAGGCUGAUUCCGGAUUAUUUCCCCUCUGUGUUUGGACCAAAUGAGAAUGAGCCUCUGGAUCGCGAUGUUGUUAUUUCCAAAUUCGAAGAUAUGACCGCAGCGAUUAACCUAGAUACGGGGAAGUCAUUGAGCUGGGAGGAGGUGGCGCAGGGAUUCCUCGACGUUGCGAAUUCCGCCAUGUGUGGCCCCAUUCGAAGCCUGACGGAGGCUCGCGGAUACGACACAACGAAGCAUCAAUUAGCAUCCUUCGGUGGAGCGGGUGGCCAGCACGCCUGUGCCAUUGCUGAGCUUCUUGGUAUUCAGAAGGUCUUGAUUCACAAGCACUCCUCGAUCCUCUCUGCUUAUGGUAUUGGCCUGGCCGAUGUCGUGCAGGAAGGUCAGAGGCCUUGUGCAAAAGCCUACGAGCCAUAUAAUCUCCCGACAAUUCUAUCGGACUUGGAAGACCUUGCUCAAGCCACCAAGGAUCUCUUAGGCAAUGACGGGAUACUGAAUGUGGACGUGGACCGGUUCCUUAACAUGCGGUAUGACGGAAGCGAAACGACCAUUAUGAUUGCAGUGGACCAGAAUCACAAUAUGUUACCGACCUUUGUCAAUGCUCAUCAUCAGCAAUUCGGCUUUACCCCUACGGAUCGGAAGGUGUUUGUUGAUAGCAUUCGAGUUCGGGCCAUAGGCCGAGGCUCUUUUGCUGCUCCUUCGCCUGAUGUUCCGGCUUCGGUCCCAGAAAAACUCUCCAUACCCUCACAUAAGUCCCCGACUGCUGAGGCUACCAACAGAGUUUACUUCAAUGAGCUUGGAUGGACGGAUACACCUGUAUACAUCCUCAAAUCCAUCCCUCUCGGACAGAAGGUCAGCGGUCCGGCGCUUGUAGUCGACGAAACGCAGACUAUACUCGUGGGUCCUGGUUCUUCAGCAACAUCCGAGCAGGAUAAGCUAAUCCUCGACAUCAACGUCUCUGGCAAGGGUCUUAGCGUUGCCACUGAUACUAUCGAUCCUGUCCAGCUCUCUGUAUUCCGCCACCGUUUCAUGAGCGUCGCAGAGCAGAUGGGUCGCGUACUGCAACAGGUGAGUGUGAGUGCGAAUAUCAAGGAGCGGCUGGACUUCAGUUGCGCUGUGUUUAGUCCGGAUGGAUCUCUGGUCGCAAAUGCUCCCCAUGUGCCUGCAAUGAUUGGUAGCAUGGCUUUUGCAGUAAAGGGGCAGAUUGAGGAAUGGAAGGGGAGGUUGAAGCCGGGAGAUGUUUUGCUCUCUAAUGCACCUGAAUAUGGAGGUACCCACCUUCCGGACCUUACUGUAAUUACCCCCGUAUUCGAUGCGCAGGGGAGAGAUAUCAUCUUUUGGACAGCAUCCCGGGGCCAUCAUGCUGAUAUUGGCGGUAUCCUGCCCGGCUCAAUGCCCCCAUCCUCAAAGGAACUUGGCCAAGAAGGAGCUUUGUUCAAAUCUUUCCUAUUGAUCCGAGAUGGAACUCUGGAUGAAGUUGGACUCUCCCGGAUGCUCUGCGAUGAGCCAGCACGAUAUCCUGGCUCCAGUGGCACCCGACGGUAUCAAGAUAACGUUACAGACCUGAAAGCCCAAGUGGCCGCCAACCACUGUGGCAUCCGGCUGAUCCACCAGCUUAUCGAGGAAUACUCCAUGAAAGUUGUUCAGGUAUACAUGAAAGCGAUCCAAUCCUCCGCCGAGCUCGCCAUCCGCAAUCUCUUCAAGCGUCUCGCGCGCCAGUUCCACCAGACAGAGCUAAAAGAGGUUGACUACAUGGACGAUGGAACGCCGAUCUGCCUCAAAAUCACACUCGACGAGGCUGAAGGCUCUGCGGUAUUCGACUUCACAGGCACUGGACCCCAAGUCUAUGCCAUAACACACUCAUCCAUAAUCUUCGCUCUUCGGUGCAUCGUCGACUCCGAUAUCCCACUGAACCACGGCUGCCUUGCCCCCGUGACCGUUCACGUCCCUAAACCUAGUCUUCUCAAUCCGGCCCCGACUGCCGCCGUCUGCGCCGGCAAUGUCCUCACCUCGCAACGCAUCGUCGACGUUAUAUUCAAGACUCUCCGAGUCUGUGCCGCCAGUCAAGGCUGCAUGAACAAUUUCUCCUUCGGUACGGACGACUUCGGAUACUAUGAGACGAUCGCAGGAGGUAGUGGCGCAGGCCCGAGCUGGUCUGGAACAAACGGUGUACAUACAAACAUGACGAACACGAGAAUUACCGAUCCGGAGUCGUUGGAAAGACGGUAUCCAGUGCUUUUGAGGAGGUUUUGCUUCAGGGGUGGAAGUGGUGGAGAUGGCAAGUAUAGAGGGGGUGAUGGGGUGGUGAGGGAUGUCGAGUUCCGGAUUCCGAUGACGGCAUCUAUCUUGUCUGAGAGGCGGGUGGUGAAGCCAUUUGGGAUGGACGGGGGAGGAAAUGGGUGCUGUGGCAGGAACUUGUGGAUUAAAGGAGAAGAUGGAGAGAUUAUGUCUAUUGGGGGAAAGAAUUCGGUUGAGAUGGGGGCGGGAGAUCGAUUGGUUAUUGAGACGCCUGGGGGUGGUGGGUAUGGAAGAAAGGAUGAUCGCGAUGGUGAUAGCAAGGUCGAAGGAGAUCAGGCCAAGGUGAAUAAGGGGUUUGUUCCCAUUGCUAAUGGGUCGGUGGAAGCGGCUAGAAGUUUGGCAGAACAGGUGUAG